CUUGUGCCCAAAAAAUGGAAGAUCAGUUGGCGAAGUUGCGGCAGCAGGUAGCGGAGAGGGAUGCGCACAUCCAGGCCCUCUUCCAGGAGCGCAAAAACGCCAACGACAAGAACAUGCGGGAGAUGGCCUCACUCGUCAACAACCUCUCUCAGUCCCAACACAUAGAGCAGCAGCUCCGCCAGCAGCACCAGGCACGCACGACAACACACCGACCGAACCAUCCAGGAAGCCCAUCCAUCCAUCCAUCCAUCCCAAUAUUGAUCCAUCCAUCCUGUCAUUCUGUGUAUGGUGCAGAUGGAGCGUGAUAGGUACCUGGAGAAUGAAUUGGAGCUGUCAUCGGAGUUGGAGGCCGCCCACAACACCAUCCGCACGCUGCAGGAGGAGCUCCGCCGGCUCCAGAGCGAGAGCCAGACGCUCCAGCACGCCUACGAGGACCAGAUCGCAUCCCUCAACACAGACCUCGAGAGGGCCGCCAAACAACUCAAGGAGGCCCAAAACGCCAGACGCGCAUCGUCCACUAGCGAAAGGUACACACUGGUCGGCGGCAACCCCAUCCAUGGAUGGAUGGAUGGAUGGAUGUGCCGUCCCUGUCUGUGGUGCAGUGUGUGUGUGCGUCAGGAGGACAAGGAGGGGCUGCUGCGGCGGAUGGAGGCCGAGUGGUGCGUGAUAGACGAGGUAUUCGACAGGGACAUCAACCAGUCCAGCAGCAGUGCGGCUGCCGCUGCCUGUGCGGGGGAGGUGAAGAGGGCGCCCACACGCGGGAAGGGCGGCAUGCAGCAGUUUGCUUGGGUGUGGGGGAUGCUCGACGUAUAGAAGAGCUGCAGCGG